AUGGCUCCAUGCACGGACGGAGCCUUCAAGCCCGAAUGUCAGACGCCCAACAUCGAUGCGCUUCUGGAAGUUAGGGACAUCGGCUUGGAAGAGGGUCCAGCGACGCGUGCAGCAAGCCCGGACCGGCUCGCUCGUGAGGUCGUCCGAGCAGCGCGCAAGUUGAGCCGUGACAUGCUGCCGAAGCGUGUCGAGGAUCCGAUCGAAAUCGCCUCAAGGGACUCACAGGCCUCUACAGUGCCGGGAGAGGCUUCCAGGCUCUCGGGGGCAUUGCAUCCAAGCUUCAGCAGCUGUGUCGCCUUGACAGUCUGGAGUUGCUUCCAGCUUCUCAGAUGCUUUUUCGCUUCUGCAGACAGUGGGCCCGACUGA